GUGCGAGUGCAACUAAACACUUCUUGUUGUGAGAAAAUUGAACUUUUUUUUUUCCAGAGUAAAUAUAAAAAUAGACCUAAGGGUUGUUGGUCUAGCAAUCAGGUCAUUAGUUUGCUCCCAAGUGGUCUGGAGUUCGACUCUCUCCCACAAUACCCACCUAGCAAAUGCUAGAGUUCCUCGCUCCCAAAAAAUGUAGAGUCCGCUGGAGGGCCUAGUGAUUAGUCGGGUCAAAGAGUUAGACUAGUUUAUAUAUAUUAAAUAUAACGUGUAACAAACGGGGACAUAGCUUCUUGGACUUGAACCCUGGAAUCUCCUUAAGCAGUCUAAACAAUUUAGAAGGGUACCUUUUGGAAAUGGUCAAUCAAUUUGCCCGCCAACUCUCCCUUUCGUCCUUCCCUCCAAAACCACAGAAUUUAAAAUCUCUAUGCUCCAACGGUCAACUGAGAGAAGCUCUGUUGGAAAUGGCCGCUAUAGGCCUUGAGAUGAAGUUCGACGGCUACUAUACGCUCCUAAACGAGUGCAUAAACCGAAGGGCUUUCAGAGAAGGGCAAAGUGUCCAUGCCCACAUGAUCAAAACCUGUUAUCUACCGCCUAUGCACCUCGGAACUCGGUUGAUUGUCUUCUACAACAACUGUGAUCGUUUGGGUGAUGCACGCCGUGUGCUCGACGAAAUGCCUGAAAGAAACGUUGUGUCUUGGACGGCCAUGGUUUCGGCUUAUUCUAAGAGGGGGUAUGCCUCCGAAGCCUUGAAUCUUUUUCUGCAGAUGUUUAGAUCAGGUACGGAGCCUAAUGAGUUCACAUUUGCGACACUACUUACUUCAUGUACUGGCGCUUCGGGAUUGGACUUAGGAAGGCAAAUUCACUCUCUGAUAAUAAGAAGAAAUUUUGAGUCACACAUAUUUGUCGGGAGCUCACUUCUUGACAUGUAUGCCAAAGCUGGUAGAAUCUAUGAAGCAAGAGGAGUUUUCGACUGCUUGCCAGAAAGGGAUGUUGUUUCUUGCACUGCCAUAAUCUCUGGCUAUGCCCAGCUGGGUCUUGAUGAGGAGGCUUUGGAGCUAUUCCGCCAGUUGCAGAGAGAAGGAAUGAUUUCAAACUACGUCACUUAUGCGAGUGUGUUAACCGCAUUAUCAGGGCUUGCUGCAUUGGACCUUGGCAGGCAAGUUCACAACCACGUCCUUCGUCGGGAACUGCCCUCAUAUGUGGUUCUUCUGAACUCGUUGAUUGAUAUGUACUCUAAAUGUGGAAACCUGAGUUACUCAAGAAGGAUCUUUGAUAGUAUGCCAGAGAGAACCGUCAUCUCAUGGAAUGCUAUGCUUGUAGGGUAUGGUAAACACGGAAUGGGAAAAGAGGUCGUUAAGCUUUUCAAAUUAAUGAAAGAAGAAAGUAAAGUCAGACCAGACAGUGUCACCUUUUUGGCGGUUUUAUCUGGUUGCAGCCACGGAGGAAUGGAGGAUAGAGGGUUGGAAUAUUUUUAUGAGAUGGAAAAAGGUGAAAAUGGAAUUGAGCCAGAGCUUGAACACUAUGGGUGUGUUGUUGAUCUUCUUGGGCGUGCUGGUCGAGUUGAAGAAGCAUUUGAGUUUAUAAAAAAGAUGCAUUUUGAACCAACUGCUGCUAUAUGGGGUUCGCUUUUAGGUGCCUGUAGGGUUCACUCAAAUAUCGACAUUGGUGAAUUUGUGGGUUUCCGGCUUUUACAAAUUGAGCCUGAAAAUGCUGGUAACUAUGUCAUUCUUUCUAAUUUAUAUGCUUCUGCAGGGAGAUGGGAAGAUGUAAGAACCGUAAGGGAAUUGAUGUUAGAGAAGGCUGUGAUAAAGGAGCCGGGAAGAAGUUGGAUUGAGCUUGACCAAAUCCUUCAUACAUUUCAUGCAAGCGAUCGCUCCCAUCCAAGAAGAGAAGAGGUGUCUGCAAAGGUGAAAGAAUUGUCAAUUAAGUUAAAGGAAGCUGGUUAUGUUCCUGAUUUGGGUUGCGUUUUAUAUGACGUGGAUGAGGAGCAGAAGGAGAAGAUACUACUAGGCCAUAGCGAAAAACUAGCUUUGGCUUUCGGGCUGAUUGCUACUGCUGAAGGAGUGCCAGUGCGUGUCAUAAAAAACCUUCGGAUUUGCGUUGAUUGCCAUAACUUUGCGAAACUUGUCUCGGAGAUAUAUCGAAGAGAAGUGUCGUUGAGAGAUAAAAACCGGUUUCAUCACAUUGUUGGAGGAAUCUGUUCUUGCGGAGAUUACUGGUGAGUUGUGAAGAUCCUCCUUAAAAGCUACAAAUGUCUGACUUAAGAGCGGAACAUAUACAAAAUAGUUACGCUGUAACCGUGACACGAAAGGGAAUAGUGAAACGUAGAAUAUUGAGAAAUUAUACGUGAUUAUUGAUGUAGAGAAGUAUAACGGCAGUCUCUGUGGACACUCCUGUAAUUGAGAAAACCUUUCAAUCUUUUUUUGAACAAAGGAUAUUACGUA